CGACAACGACGACCUUAGAGCCUUCCAAAAUCUAUAUAUAAAGUCUAGUGACAAGUCACCGUUCUCCCCGCACAACAUGGCCAACUCUAUACAACAUAUGUACCAAGCGUACUACCACCAUUUCCCACAUUACAUGUUGACAAAGACUGAGAGUGUAAUGUUGCACUUCUUCCUUAUCUCGUUCUUCCUCUUUGUGGGCUACGGACUUUUCAGUUACGUUCCAGGACAACUCAUCUUCGUGGGCUCGAGAGGAUACUACUACUUGUACGGAUCUGAGCAAGUGUAAUUUACCCUUCUGAUGUUCCUCAUCUGCGUGUCCUCCUGGUAACGCGUCACCUCACAAUCUUCACUCGAAUUCUCCACUUUGAUCUUGUCCUUAGGAAGGAUAGAAAUCUGGGUCUCACCUCAUCAUUUGCACACUUAAUACCACUUCAUAGUGGACUGCACCUCGUGCUCAUCUUGUAUACUU